AUGUCGCCACCCCACUUCGCGCCAUUUCCAGACGCAAAAGUCAGAAAGAGCAUACUGCCUGACGAAUGGCAGCUGUACCUGGAUUCUUGGACAUCACUUGCAGAACUUUAUCUCCGACUUGAGAAUGAUCAGUUUGUUUCGGCGAUACAAGAGAAGGAUAUGGUUACCCCAUUUCUCAUUCCAUUCUUCCAUGAGCUAGCCAGCGAUGACAACCUAGCAUCAAAAGUAGCAUCUCUGCGAAAGAAGUGCUUUUUCCUGCUGCAUAGGGUCUUUUCGAGAGGUAAUAUCUCGGAUUCCAUCCUGAGCUGGUCUGUUCUCUCAGACAUAUGUCACGUCUUUCCAAAGAGUGAACAGUUCCGUGCACUCUUGCAAGGGUUAUGGAAGCAAAAGGGCGCAACCAUUGAGAAGUCAAUCCAAACGGCAAAGACGUCAUUGAUCAGGAACUUGGAGUCGAAGCGACCAGAAGAGGCUGAGAAUACUCUCAACCGGGUAGCACCUCUUCUGAGAGCUUCGUCGGAUGCAAGUAUCUUUAUGCUUACCGGGUCUGAUUUCCUUGACUCGCUCUGUUCGGCCUAUCCGCAGGUAUCGCUGUCGAUACAGAAGAAACUGGUUACAAUAGCAUAUCUUGGACUCACAGCAGCCUUGGACGGACCGAAGCCAAACUAUUCACUGCUUUCCGACCAUCUGUACAGCUUAAAGUCUAGCGAAGAGCAAGAGCAGAAGAAGGAGCCAGGGAAGAAGACACUCGUUGCUGAUCUUGUUACAAAUACGCCGUUGUUAGAGAAGAUCAGGGACAAGGCUACUGCUCCGGAGGCUACAAGGGUAAAGAACACUGCAGCAUCGCUUAGUGCAUUCCGCCAAUCUGGGGUGGCUCGGCCCAAGAGGCUGAUACGGCGAAAGGUAGACAAGGGUAAAGAGAAGGCAGAGGAAAGCUAUGGACAUGGCGCGUUCACCGGCGAGGUACAUGUCCAUCGUAUGAGCAUGAUUAGCCAGAUUCAAGAUCUGUUCCCAGAUCUUGGUGCAGGGUUCGUUGUAAAAUGUUUGGAUGAGUAUCACGACGAUAUCGAGCAAGUUACUGCACAUCUGCUGGAAGAAUCACUACCGCCGUACCUCGCCGAUGCUGACCGAAGUGAGAAGCUGCCAACGCCCUCUACACCAUCACAACCACUUGCACCACCGAGAUCGAGUCAGCACUUUCCCGAGCGCCGCAAUGUAUUCGAUGACGACGAGUUUGACAAGCUGGCGGUCGAUACUUCCCGCCUGCAUAUCGGCCGUCGCGGUCAAGACCUGAACGCCGACAAGAUCUUGUCCGACCGUAGCAAAGCGCCGGCGAAGUCGGCCAUUAUGGCAGCUCUCGCUGCAUUCGACUCUGAUGAUGACGAGCGCGAUGACACAUAUGAUGCAGAAGACGUUGGCGCAUCUGUCGACACCGCCGCGCCUGAGGAUGCGGACCUGGGCGAUAAGAAUGAGGAAGCCUUGUUCCGCGCCUACACCAUGACACCAGAGCUCCUCAGUCGCGAAUCAGAGAUAAGAAGAGGCAAGGCAAGGACGGCGCUGAAGAGCGAAACAGGCAUGACGGAUGAGGCGAUUGAAGGCUGGGCGAUUAUGAUGGGUCGUAAUCCUAGACAACUACGGCGACUGGAGGCGAAGUUUUCAAACUUCCAGGGUCAGCAGAGGGAAUUGCAAUCGACAGCAUGGCGGGAUAGUCCUGCAGGUUCGGGCGACGAGGGUAGUGGAGAUGGUGGGCGUGGCGGAAGGGGAGGCAGGGGACGAGGCAGGGGCCGUGGGCGCGGUGGUCCGGGCGGUGGUCGAGGCGGCGCAAGUGUCGCUGGUCCUGCAGACGACAAGGGCACGCAGAUUUCGCGACAGAGGAAGGAGGCCAACAAGAGUUCGAGUGCGAAUCACAACCGGAAGGCCCAACGAGGGAAGAAGAUGGCCCGUGCGGGCUUCCCAGCUAGCUGA